UUUUUAAAUCCCAAACUUGAACAGUACCUUGCCACUCUUCAUUGUUCAUUCAACCCUAACCUAUCCCUAUUUCAAAAUGGUCAAGUGUGCUGCCUUCGGCGUGGCCAUCGUUUUCGCGGUCGCCUUUGCGGUUCUCGCUGCCGGCUUUGCUAGCCCCGUCUGGGUUGCGCGCAAGAUCAACAACGACUACUCUGUCGGUCUCAUCUCCCUCUGCAUCAACGACGACUGCGGCCGCUACGACACCCUGAGCGAUAUGCAAGAUGCUACCAACGACUACGUCGUCGCCGCCGCCUUCCUGAUUGGUAUUGCCGUCAUUGCAGUCGGUUUCUGCGUGCUUAUCUCGCUGGUUGCCAUCUUCAGCCCUCGCGCGAUUGUCGCCUGCUAUCCUCUUGCCACCCUCGCCAUCAUCCUGACUGUCAUUGGCCUGCUGCUCGUCCCGGCCGGUCUCAAGGACAACGCCGCCAUCCUGUUCACUUGCGUCUCUCCCGGUGACACUUACGAGCUGCCCGAUACCUGCGAGGCGACCACUGGCCUGAUUCUCACCGCCGUUGGUCUUGGCCUGCUGCUGAUUGCCGAGAUGGUUCUCGGUUGCCUUGAUAAGAAGCACAUCCGCGAGGACGGCAUGUACGCGUAAAACGUGUAUUGCUGUUGUUUGUCGUUUGCGCCCUCAGUUGUCAGUGUUGUCGGCAGCCGCGUUGCUGUUGUUGCACGCAUUCAGCCGGUUGGUGCUUUUCAGUUUGUGACAAAAUCAUUAAAAUGGUAUUUCUUGGUUU